GACUCCAGGAUGAAGCUCCUCACCCAAACUCUGCUUCUGUGCUUGGCACUUGCUCUUGCUCAUAGUCACCAUGACGACGCAGGAAAUUAUGAUGAUGAUGACCAUGCUCUGCCAAACCGCUGCGAUGGUAUUGAGUUUGAUGCCAUCAGUCCUGAUGAGAAAGGAGUCACUUACUUCUUCAAGGGUCCUUACUUGUGGAAGGGUUACCAUGGUCCAGCUCAUCUCUCCAAUGAAUCCUUCCAGGAGCUUGAUGACCUCCAUAACAUCGGCCAUGUUGACGCUGCCUUCCGCAUGCACGACGCAGAAAACCUAGACGACCACGAUCACAUCUAUUUCUUCCUGGAUGACAAGGUGUUCAGCUACUAUAACCACUCUCUGGAAGAGGGGUAUCCAAAACAGUUGAACGAGGACUUCCCAGGAAUCCCUGAUCAUCUGGAUUCUGCUGUUGAGUGUCCCAAAGGAGAAUGUGGGGCCAACUCAGUUCUGUUCUUCAAGGGACAUGAUGUGCAUGUUUAUGACAUUAGCACAAAGACAGUAAAGACAAAGACAUGGGACCACCUGCCUGUCUGUACCUCUGCUUUCCGCUGGCUGGAGUACUACUACUGUUUCCAUGGAAACAACUUCACCAGGUUCAACCCGGUCACCGGAGAGGUGAGCGGUAACUACCCGAAGGAUGCCCGUGCUUACUUCAUGAGAUGCCCCAGUAUUGGUCAUGUAAGUGAAAAAGGUGGUCGUAAAGUCCCUAAAUGCAGCGAGAUUAAAAUAGAUGCCAUGACCACUGAUGACGCUGGCAAAAGUUAUUCCUUUGCAGGGCCCUUAUACAUGCGUCUGGACCUGCAUCGUGACGGCCGUCACGCCUUCAGAAUCACCGGGUUGUGGAAGGAACUGACCAAUGGAGUGGAUGCUGUCUUUUCCUAUGCUGACAAAAUGUAUAUGAUUAAGGAUGAUCAAGUUUACAUCUACAAAUCUGGUCCUUACUACACCCUGAUCGAAGGUUAUCCUAAAACUCUGAAGGAAGAGCUCGGUGUUGAAGGACAUGUGGAUGCUGCUUUUGUCUGUAAUGAUGAACACACAGUUCAUAUAGUCCAAGGAAAAAAGCUCCUUGAUGUCGACCUAACUGCCACACCCAGGGUCGUGACCCAAGAACAGCAUCUACCUUUGUCUGACAUUGAUGCUGGUCUGUGCGAUGCAAAGGGAAUUCAAUUGUUCAAGGGCUCGCACUUUUACCACUAUGAUGGCGUCGCAGUCCUAACUAUGAGCAGAAUGGCCCCUCUGGCUGAGGAUAUUACAUCAGAAAUGUUGUCAUGUCAGGAUUAGGAAUAAGGAAUAAGAAGAUAUUUCACACUGCUUAUCAGUGUCUCCAAACAAAACAGAGUCAAACAUGACUUAUUCAGACUGGAUGAAAGAUCCAUAGUACAGAGUACCACAGUAAAAAAAAAACUACCAAAAGAUCUGGAUUUGUGGACCAAUGAAAAGCAAGAAAGUUGCAUCAUGAAAGAAAGUAACAUCUCUGAUAUCAUAGUCAAGUUGACUUUUGUUGUUUGGUGAAUAAAAAGUGGAAAACUGCA